AAAAUCAUACCUCUGCAUGAUCGUACUACACGUACGGACUGCAAAACACACAAGGGUUUUCUGUGAUAAUCACAAGUUCAUCGUUUCUUCCUCUCACAAAACCCCAAAUCCAAAAUCAAAAUAAUCAAAAAUCCCUUUAAAAAAUAAUAUGCUUCUGCUUAUGAAACAUCUUCGUUCAUCAUCCAUUGAAUCCAUGGCCGAAGUUUCCAGUUUCCGCCAUUUCCAUGAAAUUUGAGUUCUCCACUCCCCAAAUCCACUGACGAAUCCUCUGUUUCCUUCCACCAAACCCUAACAAAGCAAACAUGGCCCAUUUCAAAGAAAACCCAUUCGUCCAAUCGAGAAUCCGUACUCGCCCUAAUUUCGAUUUCAACAAGCCGAGAAUACCCCUUUCAGUCAACCGCUCGAAGCUCAACAUCCCUUACAAGUCAGAAAUCUGCUCGCUUUUCCAAAGGGGGAAAUGCUACUACGGCGAUAAUUGCCAUUUCUCUCACACCACAACUGUAAUCAGAAACCUAGGGUUUCAAUCUGUUGCUGCUGCUGCUGUGGAGGAGCAUCUGAACAACGAGGAGGAGGAUGACAGUCGGAGAAAUUCCGUUUACGAAUCGAAAGUGUGUCGUUGGUUUUCCGGUGGGGCGGUUUGCCCUUUCGGUGAUCGCUGCUCUUUUCUUCAUGUAAUUGAAGAGAGAGUUCAUAGUGAUCAUGAGAUUCGAUGCUGGAAUUUUAAUUACGGUGUAAACUGCGAUAAAUCGGUUUGGAAAACGAAGCUCUGUAUGAAGUGGUUGAGGUUCGGUGACUGUCCUUUUGGACUGAAAUGUAGCUAUGCCCAUGGGAGAGAAGAACUUCAAGAAGCCGGUGCGUAUGCUAAGAUGGAAAGUAGAUGUACGAGAUUUGCUGGGAAACGUCAAAAUGCAGCGUCGUUGUCCGAAGUAGGAAAGAAGAUUGCAAAGAAGAUGCAACUAAAAGGCAAAAGGUGUUUGAUGGAGUGGAAAUUUAAAAAGACGAAUCGAAUCUAUGCCGAUUGGAUAGAUGAUACCCACAAUUUCGAUGUUUCGUUCAGCAAAGUCGAGAGCUAGAAAGAAGGAAGCCUUUUACCCCUUUUUUUUUUGCUGUGUCCUGAUUCUGAAAAACACAUUGUUCUGUAUAUGACUUGCAAUGGAAGCACUUUUCCGAGAUUUAAUUUCGCUGCCUUUUUUCUCUCACCGA